AUGCAGCAAGAACAUUCUAAUUGCCACCUUCACAUGAAGAAGAGGAUCAAUAUGCACAGAUCCAACUCAACAAAUGCCCUCUUUAAUAAUGCCCACACUGGCUCCGGAACUGAAAUUAUCUUUUGCAAUCCAGUUUCUCCAGAAUAUGUUCUUAGAAAGUAUUCCCUUAAUCUUUCAGAAGAAGACAGAGAAGAAAUUAAGAACUAUAAUGAAAUUUAUUAUAUCCAUAACAAUUCUAAUACAAAAUGCUGGAUGACUGAAGAUGAUUUCAUCUACUAUAACUUUAACAAGGACAAUCAUAUUGCUUUUCGUUACCAACAGCUUCAAUUCCUUGGUCGUGGAUCAUUCGGAACCGUAAUUAAGUGCUAUGACCACAAAUUAAAGAUGAAUGUAGCUAUUAAAGUCUUAACAGAGUCUGACGAUGAUAACUUUCUUAUCAACCGAGAAAUUAAUUUUCUCAAGAUCCUCAAUAAGGAAGAAGAGAAAUCCAACUCAUCGAACAUUUUAGAACUCAUUGAUACAUUCAGACAGCAUGGAUUUACAUUCAUUGUUACAAAAUAUUUCGAAGAAAACCUUUACGAGUAUAUCACAAACCAGUCGUUUUCCCAGAACUUGAGCCUUCAUGAUAUCAAAAGAAUUGCUAAGUCAGUUGCUCAAGCCCUUUAUACUUGCCAUCAAUGCGGAAUCAUCCAUUCUGAUUUAAAGCCAGAAAAUGUUGUCCUUAAUGGAAACGAAGUCCGUUUAAUUGACUUUGGUUGCGCUUCAUUCACUGGUGAAACAGUAUACCAGACUGUACAAAGCCUUUAUUAUAGAGCUCCGGAAGUUAUUUUCCAAAAGGGCUUUGGCAGUUCAAUUGAUGUCUGGUCAUUCGGUUGCUUACUUUUUGAGAUGGUUACUGGCCAACCAUUAUUCCUUGUCAGAAAUGAAGGUGAGUUGAUUUCUCAAAUUAAAAGAAUUCUUGGUGAUCCUUCAUAUGAAAUGAUCCAACAAUCAAACAAAAUGAGGAGAUAUUGGUUCAGAAAGCAACUUAUUAGGGAUACAACAGGCAGUUUAAAGAGAAGUUUCAUUGGAUCUUAUGUUAGAAACUCAAACAAAGAGAUCAUUGAUCUAAUUAGCUCAUGUUUAACAUGGGAUCCAAAGGAAAGACCAUCGAUGAGAGAAAUUCUUGAUUCUCCUUUCUUUAAUUAA